AUGAACCAGAGUCGCAAACGUUACAGACUUUUCAAAUCUCGAAAUAUGUACUGCAACGAGGAGAUCAUGGCGCAGAAUGUGCUCACUACAGAGGAAUUUCUCUCAGGUAUCGACAGUGUCAUCUGCAGUAUCUGCCGUGGUAGAUACUUGACAGGUGCCCACGGAGAAGCCAAACAUGAACCGCCCCUGACACUCCAUUGUGGUCACACAUUUGGCGCAAAAUGCCUUUCGAAAUGGGUGAGCGGCACAGGCAAUGGAAAUUCCUGCCCGACCUGCCGAGGGCUGACCUACAAGAAGAAGAAAGAAAAACGACUCUGGGAUAGAGAUAUCGAAGCCGUCGUGAUAGCUUACAGCGAUAUGUCCCGAGGAGCACAGUGGAAGCCCAAGGAUAAGAUGUUGAAGCUAAUCGAACAUAAACGGGUCGUCUGGGCGCUCGUCCGUGCUUUCUCGGGAGAAAAGCAAAUGCUUAGUAGGAGAGCAAUGAAGGCUUGUAUAUGCCAAUGUAUCUGGCUGUACUUGUUAAAUGAGAUGCGCAUAUACGUGCAGGAGGAUCGCGAUGUCACCGCGCACACGGCAUUACUUGAGGAAUUAGGUGACAUCACAAAGGAGCAAUCAGAACAGCUUACAAAACAGCUUUCUCAGGACGCCAGUGACAUGAUCAAGGGCAUCAUUCUACGUACCUCAGCACUUCAGAUACCGGCUGCAGACCGUCUGAGGUUAGCACGCAGGCUGAUCGACAACCCCAAACCCAACAGCACGACUGAUUUCAAGCGUCCUGAGAAUCAAAAUCUCCAUAUUGCCGGUCAAUCUGUGCCGAGACUUCUAGCCUUUCUUGGAAAAUGCAAAGGCUCAGAGUUCAUCUCAGACAGAUGGGAUAUCGACCUGAAUGUCUUAAUCGAAGCGGACACCCAAGUCUCCGAAUCCUGGAUCUUGGACAAGGGCCAAAAUUUCGGUCAGACAUAUGGCAAUGCAGAAAUGACCGGCAUGCUGGCGUCUUGGGGGUUGUCCGAGCCUGCAAUCUGGAAUGCCGAUGAAGAUUCCGAGGCAGAUAGCGUACUAAUGAUGACCAUGACAAAAAGCUCGGAUGAAACGUAUCAAAGGGGUAAAGGCGGGCUUUCCUAUGGAGGAGAUGUUAAGGGGGUCUAUGAUGCAUCGGUGCAUAAAGCCAAGAAGGAACCUGAAGCGUUGAAGGUAUGA